UAUUAUAAAUAUACACACUCCAAUCUCAUUCUCUCCAAGCUCUGUUCUUAAGUCACCUUCCCUGCAUAUUUUCCUCUUUCCCCCUCGCUUUUCCCUUCAUCACAUAGAGUUUUCUCAUCACAAGUUAUCCAGAAACAAAAAAUGGGCGGCAAUUCCCCAUGCGCUUCCUGCAAGUUGCUGAGGCGUCGAUGCGCCAAAGACUGCAUUUUCUCCCCUUACUUCCCUUCUGAUGACCCUCACAAGUUUGCCAUUGUUCACAAGGUCUUUGGUGCUAGCAACGUCAGCAAAAUGUUGCAGGAGCUUCCGGUUCACCAGAGAGCAGACGCAGUGAGCAGUCUAGUUUACGAGGCAAACGCAAGAGUGAGAGACCCUGUUUAUGGGUGUGUUGGAGCCAUAUCUUACCUGCAGAACCAGGUCUCACAGCUUCAAAUGCAGCUAGCAGUGGCUCAAGCAGAGAUACUCUGCAUCCAAAUGCAGCAGGAGCCAGCCAUGCCAACCACACAGAUGGACCCAGAUGACAAAUCAUACUUUCUGCACGAUAAUCUCCCUCAGUACCUUAAUUUUGCCUCCUCCUCUAGCAAUGUAAUUCAUGACUCUCUCAAGAGAGAGAGCAUUUUUGGACAUGACAUGGUUUCUUAAUAAAAUUGUUUCCA